AUGUCGACUCUGGCCAACCAGGCGACAAGCCAGCAGAGAAGCCAUUCGCGCGGCAAUGGAUCUCAUGGCCGAGGGACCUCUUCUGCACAGGCAAAGAUCCCAUACAAUUCGGGACGCAACAGCCACAUAAGCCGUGGUGGAGCAAGAGGCAGGGGAGGACUCAAGAAAACAAGACAGUUCCCGCGAGUAGACAAAACAUCUGCCGGGGUCUCAGCGAUGAACGACGCUGAUUUGGGGCCAUUGAUCGAAAAUCCGGCACAAUACGGCUACACAAAAAUGGAACAUAGAACUCAGGAAAUACCGAAAUAUUUGUUGAAAGAGCAAGUGCUGUUUAGCUGUGACUCGUACGUGACAAAUGAAUGGGAUGCAAACAACCAAAAGUUGAUGCUGCAGAAAGAAGCUGAACACAAGGGUGACUAUCAGUCGCUGUUCGAGGAGUUUCAAGAGCUGCGGAAGGAAGAGAGGAAAAAGAUGGAGCAGAUGAAUCUGGUUGACGUCGAAAAUGCAAAGAAAUCACUCAACGAGGCCAUCAUAUUCCGUGGCAGCUGCACAGAUAUGUGUCCGACUUACGAAAGAAUUGAACGGGCCUACAAGAAUCAGGUCUCCAAAUGGGAGAAAGACCCUGCCACGGGGAAGAUUUCUCGAGACUAUGCAGUGAAAACGUUCAUGCGGCCUUCUGGACAGCCGCCAUCGUUGCCAUCUGACGUUCGAACCCCUAGCGUUUUGGUGAAAACGCUCGAUUACCUGAUCGAGAGACUGCUGCCGAAACUGCCCGAGUCCCAGUCUUUCAUAUGGGAUAGGACACGCUCUAUCCGACAAGAUUUCACGCUUCAAAAUAAUUACUCGGGCCCCGAAGCGAUCGACUGCCAUGAGAAAAUCUGCCGAAUUCACAUAUUAUCGUCGCACGUCAUGGCACAGGCAAAUGAUCCUGAUUAUCAACAGCAGCAGGAAAUCGAGCAGUUCAACAACUCGCUCCAGUCACUAACGCAUAUGUACGAUGACGUGAGGUCGAGGGGUGGAAAAUGCCCCAACGAGCCAGAAUUCAGGGCAUAUGAGCUUAUAUCCAAAUUAAAGGACACUGAACUAGACAGAAACAUCCAAAAGCUUCCAGCGGCUAUUCUCAACAGUGGAAUGGUCCAGAAAGCAUUGAUGUUGCGAGGACUCAUCAUAAACGGUUUUGGUAACUUCCAGAUGUUCGUUGAGUUUUUCCGUGUCAUUAUGGACCCGAGCACGCCGCUGCUGCUUUCCUGUCUGUGCGAGAUCCACUUCAAUCAAGUAAGACAUAUGGCGAUGGUGACAAUGGCUAAGGCUUACCACUCCAAAUCCAAAAAAAUGCCUGAGGCUUCGAUAUUAGCUGAUUGGCUUGGCUUCGACUCCGUCGACCAGCUGGUGACGAGCUGCAAGUUUUACGACAUACCUAUAAUUAACGAUGAUAACACCCUCAGAGUGGAAGUGACGGCACUACGACAAGCAUUCAAAUCAUACCAAAAACCACCAAGCUGCUCGAGACUCAACUACAAAAUGGAAAACGUAUCAUAUCAGCAAAUUGUCAAGUCAGGUGUUCCUAACACUGGGAUAAAAGUCCGUGUUGAGACUGCUAUCGCACCCUCGCAAACACAGCCACCAAAGCAGCUGUUCCAGUUUGUUCCACCCCAACCAGAACCUGUAAAAUCGACUCCUCCGCAGGAAGUCGAAAAGAUUGAGAUGCUACCGAACGCGCAAACAAUCUCCAAACCAAACCCUGCUGUUUCUGUGCCAGCACCUUUCACAUUCGCACCACCACAGCAGCAACAAGAGCAGAACUCUGUUUCCAUCGCACCAGCGGAACCUCCAACACCCGUGGAGCCUCCCAAACGCCAAAGAAAGCUAAUAAAUAAUCCAGGAUUUGAGACUGCUGCCAAAUUGGUGAUUGAUAACCUUCUCCAAGAAGCAGUUCGAAAAGAGACAGAAUUAAUCGUCAAGAAGCUGGCUGAGGUGGAAAAUCAACGACGAAUCCAACACCAUAAUCGGAUUGUCGAUUCGCUGAAAAAUGAGCUCUUUGUGGCAUUCAUGAGAGAGCAAAUGUACAUCACGGCCAUAGAUGUGAAAGCUAGGCUGUUCAGAGAAAGGAAUCUGAAACGAAAAGUAUUACGGAGAAUCAAAGCAGCUGCGGACAAACUUGUGGUGAAGCAAAGUGCUAAGAAAAGCAAACUAAACGAAAUUCACUCGUUUGCCAACAAGGUGCGACCUGCCUUUGUGCUUCCAGCCCAUGUUUCCUCUCGACAAACCUCUCUGAGCCCCCCUCCAUUGAAGAAGAAAAACGGCUUCGAAGAGGACAACGCGAGCUGUAUUGCCGAUAUUUUACCUUAUGUCAAUCAGCAUCUACGUAUGCUGGUCAUCGUCGAUACAUGGGACGAUGUGGUUGCACAAUGGUUGUCUAAUAAGCUGUCUCUUAAAGAAACUUUUGAGUCGGGGAAGCUUGUCAAAACAGCCAAAUUGGACACCGCAGAAGGAUCCCUUUCCAUCAGCUCAAUUCCUGACAGAUUUCGCUCGCGUGUUGUUUUCAAGAACGUCAAUCUCUUGCUGAUAAAAAUUGAAUACCCUAAAUCGCAUGAUCUUACAACAUCGAAACAGGUUCUGGCCAAAGUGAUUGAAUAUCUGUCGAGAUUCAACAAAGAAGAACCAGUUACCUUGAUGCUUGUUCUCAUAGAUUUUCCUCGAGAUAUCGAUCUGAUAUCAAACCCGCCCCUCUGGCUCACUGUCAAAUGCAUCAGCCUGAACGCCAAAAUGAGUCCAUUGACGCUGCAAAAUAAGUUUCAUCAGUUUCUCAAGGACUCUGUGGAAAACUAUCACUCAUCAUCAUCGUCGAUACAAGACGCCGAAACAACGCUAAUGUCCAGAUACACAACCAUUGAAAACUCGCUUAUUGGCCUCCUCAAGGACGACCUGAGCAACCGCCACAAACUUGAUUAUAUAAGGUCGCUUGCGGGCAAACGUAAAGCGUCAUAUGAUGCUGAAGUUUCGUUGAUGACGGAAGAAACACCGCCGUCUGGCAACUUCGAAUUCUGCAAGAAUAGCACGCCUUCAUUAGACAUUUCAAAAAGCAAGAAACAAAAGAUCGAUGCCUUGCUUGAGCUGUCGGAAUCUGUGUUGAAACGCUAA